GUAAAGUCUCCCUUCUCUUACACGCCGUAUUCAACCCCACUUUCCUAUCUCUCUCUCUCUCUCUCUCUCUCUCUCUCUACUGAAAUCUAGGGCAAGAGUUCCUGCUUUAAACCAUGAAUGCGUUCAGGUUGGCUGGGGAUAUGACCCACCUGGCCAGUAUUUUGGUCCUCCUUCUCAAAAUCUACGCCACCAAAUCAUGCUCAGGGGUUUCGCUUAAGACUCAGGAGCUCUAUGUGCUAGUGUUUCUGAGUCGGUACUUGGACCUGUUCACGAACUUCGUCUCAGUAUACAACACUGUGAUGAAGCUGGUGUUCAUUGGAAGCUCGCUGGCCAUUGUUUGGUGUAUGCGGAUGCACAAAGUGGUGAAGCGAUCUUACAAUAAAGAGCUUGACACUUUCCGCCAUGAUUUUCUUCUUGGGGGAUGCUUUGUGUUGGCCCUCCUUAUCCACGAGGAAUUCACAUUUCAAGAGGUUUUGUGGGCAUUUUCCAUAUACUUGGAGGCAGUUUCAAUUCUUCCGCAGUUAGUUUUGUUACAGCGAAGUGGAAAUGUAGACAAUUUGACAGGACAAUAUGUUUUCUUACUUGGGGCCUAUCGUGCAUUGUACAUACUCAACUGGAUCUACCGCUACUUCACAGAACCUAAAUUUGGUAGAUGGAUAGCUUGCAUUGCUGGUCUGGUCCAGACAGCUUUAUAUGGAGAUUUUUUCUACUACUACUUUCGCAGCUGGAAGAACAAUGCAAAGCUUCAGCUGCCAGCUUAAGCCAAGGAAGUGUUCUUUAUUUUUGCAUCUGAAUUUUGUACACCAUACGAUAAAUCUAGUGCAGGAUAACUCUGCUGGAAGAAGCGCGUACGGAUCAUGUAGUUUCAGAUUAGGAUGGCAACCCUGUCCGUAAAAGAGGGAAUAGUUAGUGGAUUUUGGGUGCCCUAAACGUAGGUAAGAUUAAUACCCAUGUCCAUUGUGAGUUCAUCUCGAAGUGUCAGUUUUAUCACCUUGUAAAGAUGUUGGAAGCAUUAAAAAAAUUGCAGACAUGAUGUUUAUUACAAGUCUUUACUCGCAACAUUUGUAAUAUUGUGCACUGUGCCCCUUCUAUAAUAAGGGGGCUAUAUAUUGAGGGUUACAAUCA